CCGAGGCUGUCGCGGGCGGUUAGGUCAGGCGGGAGCUUCUGUUUCACUGGCGCGCCCACUAUGACGAUCACCUACAGCUGCAUUGCUAAUGGCCGAAUGGUCUUAGCGGAGUUGGCCCUGACCGGCGGCUCCUAUCAGGAAGCAGCGUCAACAGUGCUUAGACUAGUGCUUCUUAGAGCUGAACCAAAGACCGUAAUUCAAAUGGGAAGCUUCGUCUACCAUACUCUCUUUAUUGAUGGAAUCACUUACCUAUGUGCCUCAGACAAUGCCCUGGAUACUGUAACACCAUCUGCAUUUCUCAAAAAUGUUAGUGAUACUUUUCUGAGAAAUCCUUUGCUGUCAGAAGAAUAUUUUUCUCCUUCAAAUGCAGUUGCUGCAGAUUUUCAACAAGUAUUAGGAAAGUAUAUGGUAAAAUACAAUAAAAACCAAGAUAACAGCUCUAUAUCCACCCUGAGGAGUCAAGUAACUGAUGUAAAAAAUGCUAUGACCCAAAAUAUUGAUAAAAUUUUGGAGAGCGAAGAAAGAUCAAAUAUCUUCCCUGACAGUACAGAUGAUCUUCAAACAGCUAUCUUUUCUGGAAACACAGCCACCAUAUAAAGCAAAGUACACACAUUCUUCGUACUCACCAAGUUCUAUUGAUUCCACCUCCUAAAUCUUUUUUUGGUUUUAGCCUUACUUUUUCACUUUUAAAAAUAAUUUAUUAAGAUUUUAUUUACAUAAAAUAAUAUUCACCCAAUUUAAGUAUAGAGUUUGAUGAAUUGUCGUAAUUGUGUACAACUGUGUAACCACAAUCAAGUUAUAGAAUAGUUCUUUCUUCCUAAAAUCUUCCUCAUGCCCUUUGCAGUUGACUCCCCCCCUACCCCUGACCCCAGCCAACUACUGCUCUGCUUUCUGUCACUACAGUGCUGCCUUUUCUAGAAUUUCAUAUAAAUAGAAUUAUACAGUACAUAGUCCUUUGUGUUUGACUUCUUUCACUUAGCUUAAUAGUUUUAUAUUAAUUCAUGUUGUCGUGUGUUAAUAUUUUAUUCCUUUUUUUUUUAAAAGAUUUUAUUUUUUUCCUUU